CUAUAAACAGUCGCGCGCUGUCGGGAGAGUGCGCGCUGUGGCGUUGGCUGUCAACUUUCCUACUAAGUUAUGUUGUUUCCUAAAAGAAGAAAAAAUAGUCCAUAAAUAAGUACACCGAACACGUAGCCAAUAUAAACCUAAUGGAGAUGUGCCGUGCGCGUUAAUCGGUCACUUCUUUGUUUCCUUUGUAGGUCCUGUAACUGUCAAACUUAAGCCUUUUCGCUGCCAACCACAGUAAUUCCUGGCGCCAGUCUCAUCCAGACGCAACCAUGCCUGGAGACUCAGGAAAAACUGAUAUGGAGCGGAUCGGCCUCUUUCAGGAGAUGCCCUACAUCACCGUUCAAGAUCCCUACGCAGAUGGAAUGCCAAAACCCUUCAAUGAGUCUGCUUAUAAAGGCAAGCAAAUGUUGUCAAAUGGCCCUAAAUCAAAAUGUGCCACACAGGCAGGAUACUUUAAUCCUGAAUUUGUGAGGAUCUUUGAAAAUGAAAGCUAUUCUGAUAAGAUUAAGUUAAGAAGACAAGCAAGAUUGAAGUCGACUACAAAGAACCUAGGUGGAGUUUUCUUUCCAAGUCAAGGUGCCAAAAAGCCUUGCGGAUUGGGCACUUACUAUGGAACAAUCGGUGGUUCGUUUGAAGCAUUCAGUGGGUUGCCACGGGCAAAGCCACCAUUUGUCCCAGAAAAUAAAAACAUUUACACCAGUCCUGGGAAACAAGGAACUGGAUAUGGGUAUGCUCAUCUUACUAUAGGAGAAUCAUAUGAACACUCUCCAGAUCCCUAUACUAUAAAAAGUACAAAGAAAGAUACUUUCCUUGGAGGGCCAUUUCGACUGAACCUUUACCCAAAGGAUUACUUUGACAGUAACCCUUACAGCAAUGAUAAGGCUUUGCCUCCAGUGAAACCUGCACCAGUAAAGAAAACAGAAGUUCCAUUUAAACCAACCUCUCCUGGAAAGUUGCCUGGUGGUAUGAAGGCUGGCACGUUUGAUGAAUACCCAUCCCAUUUCAGUCCUUUAGCCAAGCCUUCAAAGGUGGAUCCAAAAUCUCGUGAACGUUUAAUUUUCCAUCCCAACCCAGGACUUAAGAGCAGACCGAUUAAAAGUGUUCUUUUGGCAAAUGUGAACAGGGUAGUGAACAGCAUGAACUACAAGAGCAUUGAUCGUAUAAUGUCUUACUAAUGGCAGGAUAAAUGUCCUGCACAGUGAAAACGAGGUUCUUUAAUAAAGCAAUCUUGCAUUCAGUAUGGAGCUGAUAUGCAUACUCCAGCAUGUUCCAGUUCUUCCUCAAUCAAACUGAUUUAAGCAACAUGGAACUGGUGGAAAAUGAUCAAUCUCAAUUAACCUGGUGAAAUUUAUUUUAUGUGAAAUAUUAUGUUGCUAAACAAUACAGAAUUACUUAAGCGUUUUUGAUCAUCUUUGUACUAUUUCUUCUUAUUCUUUAAGUAAUGAUUUGAAACAGUUCCAGUUACUUGCUCUAUUAGAGACUUCUGAAGUUUAGCCUCAUGGGAGCAUCCUGCUCCAGAAUAAAGCAGAUAGUUGACCUGCUGAGUUCCUCUGGCAUUUUGUGUGUGUUUCUCUGGAUGUCCAGCAUCUGCAGAAUCUCUUGUGUUUAAGAUGUUUUUUCUCAUGUGGUAAUUGGAUAACUGGAAUACAUGCACGUUUGUAUAAUGGUUGGCUCACAGCAAAACAGAAAUUGGAUAGGACAGAUAGGUCUGUUUUCAGAAGCAAGAAAUUGCAGUUAUGUUGGCCAUAAAACCAUAAGACCAUAAGAUAUAGGAGCAGGAUUAGGCAAUUUGGCCUAUCAAAUCUGCUCCUCUAUUCCAUCAUGGCUGAUUUAUCAUCCCUCUCAACCCCAUUUCCCUGCCUUCUCCCCAUAACCUUUGACACCCUUAUUAAUCAAGAACCUGUCAAACUCCACUGUACCAUGAAGCUUUGAUAUUUACCAUGAUUUUGGUCCCGCAGGAUAUGCUCAAGUUCCGACUGGUUUUUUGGGAUGAGUUUGGGAAGCAUUUCAAGCAGCCUCCAUUGUUAUGCAGUUCAUGCCCUGCCUGCCACCAUCAUUCUCACCCCGUAUUCAGACCCUAACGAGCUAAGAUCUGGAAAGUUUUCCAGGUCAGAUUGGGAAUUCACACUCCAAGUUACAGUGAGACUUAGACAACAUUACUUGGAAGCCGUACUAACCAAAACAGAGAAGUAAUACAUCCAUUAUGAAUUGUUCUUUUGUUGAAAGUCCAUAUGUCAGAUUGUCUUUGGUGUGAUUGGAAUGAUGCUCUUGAUUUUCCUCAGAUCAGCAGGACAGGUACAGCUGUUGCAUUUCUGGAGAUGCAAACUUUCUGCUCUAUCUAUGAAAAUUAUUUGGGAUUAUCUGUGGGUCAACUGCAAAUGGAAGAAUAUCCUUCUCUGCUGAAAUUUUGCUAGUCAAGUGGAGCUCCUGGAAUAUGUUCUGGUUUGAGAGCCCCAUGUGUGCAAAUAUCAUUGCGAAGUAUUUCUCAAAAGCUAUACACUUAAAAUACUGACUGUUACAGAAGAUCUAAACCAUCACAUAUCUGCUGAGAAGUAGUUUAUAGUUAAAUACCACCAAUAAUAUGUUAAUCUUGGAUAUCAGAUGCCCUUAUAGCCUUUUAUAUCACCAUAGUUUAAGUUAUGAUUAGUUCCAAUAUUAACUGACCUAACAAAGAUAUCCAAGUACUUUCCUUCAGCCUGUGUUUGAUGCAAAUUUGCCAUUUCUCCAGCAUGGAUUUAAGGCUGUGUUACUGUGUUAUUGAUGCACUAUAGAUUUUGUUCAGAGAUCUUAAAUUAUUUGUGGUUAUAAGGAUUAUCUUCUAAUGCUCAUUAAAGGUGCAUCAAGCUUUACUUAAUGUUUUGAACUGAUAGAACUAACUGGAGACACAUUAAGCUGUGAUUCCAAAUUACUUACAAAGCCCAUAUUUUACAGGUGAACCAAAUUUUAUGAAAAUUCAAACUCACUAAACUUGGCUGAGUGCAGAUUCAAUAGCACUUAUAUAAGAUCAGUGUAUAUAAAAUUGGUGCUAGAUUUGAGAGCUGAUUACUUGCUACUGUGUCUCGGUAACCCUACUCAACAGAAACCAUUUGUGACAUAGAAAGCUAGAAAAAAAAAGACUUUCUCCAAGUUAUUCUGACAACAGCUCUCAAUCCCAUGAUCUCUACCACCAAGCAGAAUAAGGCUCCAGGCCCAUGGGAAUGGCCGAUUCCACUCUUCUGUUGUGCACUUUGCUGAUUUAGAAGUGUAGUUCCCCAGUCCUGAAGAAGGGUCUUAGCCCAGAACAUCAACUGUUUAUUCAUUUCUAUAGAUGCAGCCUGACCUGCUGAGUUCCUCCAGCAUUUUGUGUGUUGCUUUGGAAAUAUGUCUCUUCUUUUAUUAUCUCUGGGUUCAAAUCCUUCAGCUCCCUUCCAUAUAACUGUGGGAACACUUCCACCAGUAAGACUACUGGAGCUUAAGAAGGCAGCUUCAGAACAAUAAUUAGGGAGAAGGAAUAAAUAUUGCUUGUACCAGUGACACCUAGAUUCUAAAAAAAGCUUCAUGUUUGUUUAAAAAAAUCUCAGGUUUGUUUCAUUAAGGUUCUUGAAGGCUUGAUUACAUUUUGGCGAAUCAUGUGACAUUCAUUUACUUGAUAUCUGUUCAUUAUUUGUAAAAUACAUUGCAUAAGUACCUCAGUCUAAUGCACCUUGGCAAAUAAAUGAUGAGAAAAAUUUGUUAUAUUAAAAUUACUGAAGCUCAGUUGUUCAUAUUGCAGAAGAGAAAAUCCCUUGGAUGUAGCAUCUAUGACAAUAAAAUUGUCUUUCAAAAUUAGAUACUUUGCCAGUUUUUCAAGCUGUACAGGCUUUUUUUCACUUUAUUUCCAUAGUAAAGUGACCACCUGACCAUGAGAAAAUGUAACAGCAGGGGAGUUCUAAUUGACUUGAUUCCUGCCAGUACAACUAAAGAAAUUAUUUGGUGUGCUGCAAGCUCAACCAACAAGGACUAGAGCUAGCGUUUGAAUGAUACUGAUGUAAUUUUAUUGGAGGUGUAGUAGGAGGUCUGCGCUGCUCUUUAAACUUUCUGGGUUGCAUGCAACAUUUUCCGGUACAGCAAUAGCUAGUGAUGAAACAUCUUAUAAAAUGGGGCAAACGUAUUUUUCAACUUAUUUAAAGAAGUUUUGAGUGAAAUUAUUGGAGAUGAGGCUGAUGAAGAUAUUUGUGUACAUAUAUAAAAGAUUCUUAAUCCAUUGAAAUGAUAGUGUGUUGGUUUAGGGAAUGAUGUAAUUUGUACACCACCACCUAUACAUUAAAGUGGAAAAUUAUCUAUUUUGGAAAUAGAAACAGAAAACUACAGCACAAUACAGGCCUUUCGGCCCACAAAGCUGUGCUGAACAUGUCCUUACCUUAGAACUACCUAGGCUUACCCAUAGCCCUCUAUUUUUCUAAGCUCCAUGUAUCCAUCCAUAAGUCUCUUAAAAGACCCUAACAUUUCUGACUCUACCAUCGUCGACGGCAACCCAUUCCACGCACUCACCACUCUCUGCAUUAAAAAAACCUUACCCCUGACAUCUCCGUACCUACUUCCAAGCACCUUAAAACUAUGCCCUCUCGUGCUAGCCAUCUCAGCCCUGGGAAUAAGCCUCUGACUAGCCACAUGAUCAAUGCCUCUCAUUAUCUUGUACACCUCUAUCAGGUCACCUCUCAUCCUCUGUCUCUCCAAGGAGAAAAGGCCGUGUUCACUCAACCUAUUCUCAUAAGGCAUGCUCCCCAGUUCAGACAACAUCCUUGUAAAUCUCCUCUGCACCCUUUCUAUGGUUUCCAUGUCCUUCCUGUAGUGAGGCGACCAGAAUUGAGCACAGUACUCCAAGUGGGGUCUGACCAGGGUCCUGUAUAGCUGAAAUGUAUUACAGAAUUUUCCUAUUGAUUGUACUCAAAUCAAAAUGCCAAUUCUCCUUGUUUUCUUAAAUGGAAAGAACAGUAGAAAAUUACUCUGUUCCUUACAAAAGGGUGAGAAAUUAGACUACUUCUGUCAUAACUGGUUUUAGUGAGGUAUCAAUGGAGAUGUAGAAUAGUCUUUGAAUUAUCUCUGUUUUCCAGGUGUGGGAAUAUUAACCAACCAGUCUGAGCAUUUGUCCUAAAAACAUCUCUGUUUGCUGAAGGGUUUCAUCCCAAAAAGUUGACUACACUCUUUUCCAUCGAUGCUGCCUGGCCCACUGAGUUCCUCCAGCACUCUGUGUGUGUUUCUAGCAUUUGCAGAUUUUCUCUUGCUUCUGUUUGCUAUCUUUAAACCAUGUAAAGUUAUACU